AUGAGUUUCCUCGCCGAUUGGAUGCCGUUGGAACUCUUUAGCAGAGGAGUCGGUAUCAAAGAGGAGCCCAACGUUGGGGUCACCGAAGAGACGUGUCUGGAUAUUAAGGACGAACCACUGGAUUACGGAGAGGAAGCGGGGGAGGAAGAACGGCCAUUUGUGGCUGAGGACAGUGGGAGCAAGUGUUCAUCAGAUGGGAAUCAGGCGAUGUACAAGGAAAGUCCUGAGGGGGAUAUACAAACAAAAGUGGAAACAACAUUGAAACGUUAUGGAUGUGACGUGUGUGGCAAGAAAUUCUCUUCUCGGAGUAAGAUCGAAGAUCAUAUGAGAGUCCACACAAAGGAGAAGCCAUACAUGUGUGAUAUUUGCAAUAAGGCAUUUUUUCAGAAAAGAAAUCUAAUAAGGCACAUGACAGUGCAUUCAGUUAAGAAGCCCUUCAGAUGCGAUACUUGCAAUAAGGCCUUCAUAUGCAAAACUUCUCUUCUUAAUCAUAUUAGAAUACAUACAAAGAAGGUUUCCUUUGAUAUUUGCAACAAGGCUUUCACACAUAAGGAUCAUCUAGUAAGACAUACAAGACUACAUAUAAAAGAAAAGCCAUAUUCUUGUGAGAUUUGCAACAAGGCUUUCACACGAAAGGAUACAUUAGUGAGACAUAUAAGAGUACAUACAAAAGACAAGCCAUAUAGUUGUGAGAUUUGUAAGAAGGCUUUCACACAUAAGAAUAAUCUAGUGAGUCAUAUGAGAGUUCAUACAAAAGAAAAGCCUAUUCCUGUGAGAUUUGCAACAAGGCUUUCACACGAAAGUAUGAUCUAG